CCGUCCAAGUGAUGAAUGCAUAGAGGGAGCUUGCUUGAAGUUUUGUUCCCGCCCCUUGCACUUGCUUCUGUUGCUGAAUGUGCGCCCGCUGUAUUGUCACGGGAGACCCCAAACUAUCUGUGCCUGUCAUCGCUAUCACCAUGAGAAGAAGGAUGCCUUGUGUCUAUUUGCUCGUUUUCGUCAUUUUCAAAGAGACAUCUGGCUUAAAGAUUCAGAACAAGCUGCUGGGUAAAUGUUUGCAGGUGCAAGAAGGAACGUUGGGAGGUAGAGUGUCUCUGGGUGUUUGCAGCCCAUUUUCGGCCUUACAGGAAUGGCGUUGGCUCCCAGAGAGCCAAGCUCUCAUCAGUCACCACACUGGGGACUGUCUGACUGCCCCGGCGGAGCAGUAUGAAGGUGUCCACCUGCAGCCCUGCAUCUUUCAGGCUGAAAGUGAUAUGGGCAGAGAGGCAAGCAGCCAGGCAUGGUCCUGUUCCAAGAAAGGCCACCUCACAUUAAUAGGGAGGGGGCUGCACCUUAGCGCCACAAAAGAAUCCACCUUGGUCUUCCUUUCGAGGGAACAUAAGCAGCAAGGCAGCAGGUGGCGGACACUUGACAACCAGACAUUGUGCAAUGGGAGAGACAGCAAACAUAACCAACACCAACCUCACCACCAUCUGGGAAAAUCGUUGCAACGUGGAAUUUUUCCAAGUGCCAUCUCUGAUAUGCACAUAGAGACUGAACCAUUUGAAGGUAUAAUGGGCAAUGAGGUCACAGAAACAUAUCCUGUAAUAGAUGAGCCUCUUUCAUCCCUUAGCACCAAAUCCCCUGCAGAUCCCACCAUGAUUUUCUUCAGUAUGGACUAUGGGAUGGGCUGGAAGAUAACCAUGUUGGUAUUAAGCUCUUUGGCUCUGGUCCUGGGGACUGUGAUUCUUAUCCUCAAUGUUUACUCCAGUAGAAGGAAGAAGGUGGUGUGUGUUUUGAAGUCGUACACUUCGAGGCCAGAGGUGAGUGUUCCUGGGUCCCCGGUGCCCGGUGAAAGAGCCCCGCUGACAGAGCAUGCCAUGCGCCUCCCACACUCCUCCCCCACUUUACAACGAGGAGAAAUCCUGAUUGAGUGGAAGGAUGGCACUGUUACUCCACUGUAUGAGGCCUGAAGGUUGUACUGUUUAUGUAGAUUUGGACAUGGGUGUGUUUGUGCAAGCACGCAUGGUUUCUUGUGUAAGGUUAUGCAUGUAGUCUUCUGAAUGUGUCUGAAGGGGAGUCUGUUGUGAAAAGAAAAAAUGAGAAAGGCGAAAUACGUUUUCUGUUGUUUCAGAAUGUGUUCAUCAAAAUGAUAGAUAGAUGAUUUCAUAAAAUGGAAAGGUCAUGGACCAGUAUCAGACCGUUUCUCUGAGGCUUAGCAGCCACAGGAAGAUAAAAGUUGUUUUGAAGCUGCCAGAAUAAAAAAAGUUGAGUAUGAGCUGGACUAAGUUUUCAAAAAUACUGAAUCCUGACUUCUGGCAUUUGAGAUCUGAGGGAUUGCUUGUUGGAUGAAAGGACUCUAAAAUGUAUGUUUAAGCCUUCAGGCAGUGUUUUUACACUUACUAUAAGGACUAUUUAAGUUGGAUAAAUUCAUAGGAAACUAAUAUUUGUUUGCCUAGGCUCAUUCUACCUUGAUGUGGAGUCAGCUCAGGUGACCCAUAACAUAUUUGCUUGAUUUUUGAAGAAUUUAAAAGGUCUACAGGCAAUUUUUGACACACAGUGUUGAUCUGUCAAUUAACAUUGUGCUUAACAAUAUACAGUAUCAAGACACACCUUUGCUCCAGAGACUCACACCCUUAUUAUUAGGAUUAAUAUCUAUUUUAACACAGUUGUGUUGCAACUUUGUCAUGCUGUGUUGCAAGAAAGACGGCUUGAGGAAGUCGUUUUCAUAACAUAAUUCAGUAUUAUUUAGGUUGUAUGCCAUAUCCUAACUUAGUUAAGAUUUUUCAGAAGUAAAUCUUAAUCUAAUACUGACAUUACAUAAAUAUUUUAUUAAUUAAAAUUGACAGCUCAUUCUCAACCUUGGAAGCAGCAGUUGACAAAACAGUCUCCACUCAAGGUCCACUUGCUCGCUUUAUCUGGAGCAUUCAGUCGUACCACACAGUCGUCAUCAGCAGAUGUUUGUUCAGUUGUCAUAGAACUGUUGAUGUUUAAACUUUCCAUUAUUCUGAGCACUUUUGUGACUUCAGGAGUUCACUGUGAAGAUCAUAUGAUAUGGUUGAAAGCUCCAACAUGAAUGGAGAUUGAAAACAAUUAUUGACUUUUUUUUUUGUAUGUAGCAACCUGGUAGACCACCAAUUUAUAGUAAAUGUGUUUUUUAAACUAACUAAUAAAAUGGGAUAUAUACAA